UGGAUACGGAGAGCCUAACUCUGCUAUUGGGGAGACCACUGAUCCAGAUAAACGGCGUCAGUGGACUUGUUGGGUAGCUGCCCACCGCGUCAAAACUGUGCCUCAGGAUACCAUGAUGGAUGGAAUGACGAAGGCGCCUGCAAAGAGACUCUUGGUUCUCGAAUUCGAGUUGGAAAGCGAUACCUUCAAUCCACUCUACCCAGUCCCUAAUACGCCUAGUGUUUCAAGAUCCGACGGUUCCUCUCCUUUCUCAGGAUCUGGGACGGGAAUUGGAUCAAAUUCCACACCCACGGAACAAACCGAGAGAAACUAUUCCACCCCAGGCAGCGACUCUACUUCGACGCCGGUAGUCCCUGACCCCGCGGUAGCUGGUGAUAAAGUUGGUGAUAACACUAUAGCUACUCGUCCAGCUCCUGGUGAAGUAGAAAAACCCCAAGCGCAGGAAUGGUUCGCAAGUGCAGAAGCUAUCAUCCAAAGUACGACCAGUCGAUCCCGUCCUCUUCGGUCUCUAGAAAGGAUGCGUCGAUUUAGCAGGAUUGGAGCCAGCCUUGAACGUACAGUCGCGACGAGUGGCCGUGGAAGUGGUCAGGGGAUUGGGACGAUGGAUGUGUUCACCGUACUCCAGGAAAUUAAUGAACAGCUCGGCAAAGCUCUAGACCUUUUAGAGCUUCUUCAAAUCGUCGUUGGUGUUAUCAAAGAUCUAACCCAGUUUCCGAGUUCUCAAACGCUGCGCAUAGCUGAGGCGUUCGACAUUGCGUGA